UCUGUCUGUCUGUCUGUCUGUCUGUCUGUCUGUCUGUCUGUCUGUCUGUCUGUCUGUCUGGGAGAACAAUCUGAUAAUAUGUCUGACUGGAUCCAGGGCCUUAAAGGACUUACAGCAGACUGUGUUAUAUACUAUAGGCAAGUAUAUGGCGCACAGGGUUAAUCAUCUGCUUGGUAUUGUACUGUAUACACCCAAUUCUGUGCUGGGACCCAAUACUGUAUGAGUUACAGAGAAACAUUGAUAGGAGAGCUGAAUGGGGAGAGAGGGGCAGAUGUAACCUCUUCACAUUGUAUUGCUGAAUAGACAAGAGUGUUAUUGAUGAUCAUCAUUGUUGUAUUGUGCCGAUGCCUAUUUGUGCCCUAAUCACUGCCUUCAGUUUGAGUUAAAUGGCAUCUCAUUUUCCCUCCAAAGAUGUCUCUGAAUAAAGGCUCUCUGUCUUUGUUGUGAUCUGUAAUGAUAUUGGCCACUAAGGAAGAACAGUAUAAAGAGUAUUGAUCACCUGAAGCUUGUUGAUGAAUCUGUAAGUCUCGAGGACAUUUCAUUUUCUCCUGCUUAAUCACUCCCAUUAUUCUUUACCACGUUGCCAGAAAGCCACAAGUGUUGCCCGGAAUUGUAAUUUUCAUCUUUUCAUCAGAUACAGCCCCUUGAAGCAGCAGAAGUGCACUCUCAGGCCAUUAAAUUAGCCUCAUGACAUUUCCAUCAGCCCUGGACAGAGGUAGUAUCUGUCUAGAGUCACUCCUCCCCUUCUCCAUCCCUCCUUCAUCCCUCUCUUCUUCCCCUCCCUUCUUCCCCUCCCAGCUAAUGUCUUAAUGCCGGUCUUUCUCAGCUCUCCAUCAACAUUCUUCUGUGCUGAUAAUGCAGAGCGACAGAUCAACUGGUGCGGCUGGAGAACAGGGGGAGCGGAGAGAGGGAGAGAGAGGGGGAGAGAGAGGGGGAGAGCGAGCAUGAGUUAUUACACAGAUAAAUGGACUUUUCCUAGCUUAUGUAAUUAUGCUUGGAUCGAUGACACAGAGAUUCAGUGAGUUGAGCCCUGAAAUCAAGGACAGCCACAUGAGUAGUGAAAAGACUGAGGAUGAGGGACUGAGAAAGGAUGAAGACAAAAGAGCAGUGACAUGAGAAGGGUAACCACGAGUAAAGAUAUCAGUAAAAUGAUUCCGGCUGCACUGAAAUGAAAGGCUGUAACAAUGGGCUGUAUCUCAGGAAUGCGCGUCACACUCACAGCCCUAAAUGGGCGGCGAACGAAUAAGAAUGAAUACGAAUGAAUAACACAUGAAUGACACAUGAAUGACACAUGACUGUGAUUCUUGAGCAGUCAGUCAGGCGCUCAGUCCGUGAUUGACAGAUCCAUUUGCCUCAGUUGACAAGCAUCUGGAUUGAUGGUAUACUUGUCCUCAUGCCUACAACACCGAGGUAACACUCUCUCUCUCUCUCUCCCACUCAUACGUGUAUUCUAUAUUUGAGACACACAGUUAUUCUGUAUUACUACUACAGGCUUGGCAGGGGGAAAUAGCCCUGUAUUCGCCAAGCAAUUCAAUUCUCUGAUGGAAUCAAAAGACAUUUCAAAGCUGUUUUUGAGGAUGAAGAAAGUUGCUUGUUUACCGUGUUAGCGUCGGUCCAACACUUUCCGUUGAUACAAACAGCAGAUUUCCCCUGAUUUGAUCUCUCGGGAAGCCUGAAACAUAAACAAUUAUUUUGUUUUUCCCGGUUAUGAUAAGGCAACACAUCGCUACUAAGCUACAUUAUUUCAGUCAUUUAAAUGGCCUGUUGGAAGUCUUGCAGAUGUCCUACCCCCGCCCAGGGUCCACCUCUUCCAACCAAGACUGGUCUUACCUCUGCUCCCCUAGUACUUGGCUGCACCCGCUGCCCCCUGUCCCUAUUCCUGUCCCUGGGCCUGAGGCUAAAACUCUAACUCGAUUAGCUCUGUGAUUGUGUCCACACUCAUCCAGCCCUGCAUCUGACAGCCAGUCCCUUGAGCCCUGGGACUGGGAGAAACCACAGCACUUCCUGGGUUGAGGUCUCACACUAACAACCCCAGUGCUGUGGCUGCAAUUGUUUUGGUUUACCUUCAUUUAUGACCCCGGAAAACAUUGCAGGCCUCGUCAUGCUGCAGGCUAUAGAGUGACAAAGUCCAAACAUUUGUGCGUGGCCGGGAUAGGUUACAUGAUCAGGGGAAAACUCCUAUCCCUAGUUUCUUGAGUACUGUGUAUUAUUUCCAGGCCAGGCGUCCUAUAUAAACAUGUGAACACGCUCUGGUGUGACUUAUGGUCAAAUUGUCCAUAAGGGCAGUGUGUUCCAUAGGGGUGCUGUUCUCUGUGCGGUAGGUGAUCUCUUCAGUAGAGUACAUUAUGUCCUGUGAAAGAGAGAUCUCUUAGUCACUGUGUCGUUCAGCUCGCUGCCAUUAGGUAGAAGUGCUAUAGCAGUGACUCAUCUGCCUUACCACCUGAGGCUCCAGGUACGCCCUCCCUCGGUUGAGAGAGAGAGAAAGAGCAGUAAUCAUGUCAGUGCACACUGGUCCACCUCCCUACAGCAGCAGCUGGAAGGGGUUAAAAAGAGGAGGGGCGAGAGAGGUUUGGAAUGGAAACGGCCUCUGGGUGUGUACCAGAACAGGUAGAGAAAAGGGGAGGAGAGAGAGAAUAAGCCAAUGACAGAGCGAGAGACAGGGAGAUAGCGAGGAGAGUACAGACAUGGAGAGUACAGACAAAACAGGCUCCCUCUCUCAGGGGAACACUUCCUAGUAACCUGGCUGGGUGGAGCCAAUGGCCAGAGCUGGGAGCGGCUGAGCGAGAGGCUGCUGUGGUGUGGUGUGUUCACUACGGUGUCUUUCUGAAUGGUGUUUGUCUGAGUUGGGCUCCUCUGCUAUGCGAACACACACCAGCACUGACCGUGGAGCCCAGCGGAGCCUGUGCUGUGGAGGACGAGGAGGAGGAGGACAUGAGGUCCGACAGGGAGGAGGGGACAUCCGUGUUGCUGCGUGAGGAGGUGGCCCAGCUGCAGGAGGAGGUGCACCUGUUGAGGCAGAUGAAGGACAUGUUGAGUAAGGACCUGGAGGAGACCCAGGGCUGCUCCUCUCACCUCCUUUCAGCCACUGAGCUCCGUGUGCAGCUGGGAGACAAGGAGCAGGAGCUGGACCGCGCCAAGGAGGCCUUACAAGCUAUGAAGUCUGACCGUAAGCGUCUGAAGGUGGAGAAGGCAGACCUGGUGAACCAGAUGCAGCAGCUGUACACCACACUGGAGAGCCGGGAGGAGCAGCUCCGAGACUUCAUACGCAACUAUGACCAACACCGUAAGGAGAGUGAGGAUGCUGUGAAGGCCCUGGCUAAGGAGAAGGACCUGCUGGAGAGGGAGAAAUGGGAUCUGAGGAGGCAGACCAAAGAAGCUACAGAGCAGGCCUGCAUCCUGCGUUCUCACAUGGACAUGAAGGAGAACCGCAUCAAAGAGCUUGAGGCUGAGCUCACAAUGGCGAAACAGUCCCUGGCCACGUUGACUAAGGAUGUGCCGAAACGCCACUCCCUGGCCAUGCCCUCAGAGCCGGUGGUGAACGGCAGUCAGGAGUGGGCGAUGCAGGGAGACUUGCCCCUCACCGCUGCCAUCCGCCAGAGCCAACAGACCCUCUACCACGGACACACUGUGGACCGCCAGGCGGUGGUCAGGGUCAGUCCCUGUCACUCCCGCCAGCCCUCCAUCAUCUCGGACGCGUCGGCGGCUGACGGGGAUCGGUCGUCCACCCCAAGCGACAUCAACUCCCCCCGCCACCGGACCCACUCCCUCUGCAAUUCUAUGGAGGACCUGGAGGACCAGAAGCGUAAGACAAAGAAGAAGGAGAAGAUGAGUCUGGGCUCCCUGUCCCGGGUGUUUGCUCGGGGAAAGCAGCGCAAGUCAAUGGACCCGGGCCUGUUUGAUGACUCUGACAGCCUCUCCAGCCUAUCAACACAACAACCCAGCCUAUCAGACGGAGAGGAGCAGCUGGACCGCCUCCAGCAGAUGGAGCUCACUCGGAACACACCCAUGUCACUGUGGAAGGCAGGGGCGGUACAAGCCUGGUUGGAGGUUGUCAUGGCAAUGUCCAUGUACCUUCGUGCUUGCUCGGAAAACGUCAAGAGUGGGAAGGUGCUGCUGGGGCUGACAGACGAGGACCUGGAGCUGGGACUGGGCAUCAGUAACCCCAUGCACCGCAGGAAGCUACGCCUCGCCAUCGAGGACUACAGGGAGGCAGAGUCUGGCCAGGGGCUAUCAAAGGCUGCUGAAAUGGACCAUCACUGGGUUGCCAAAUCUUGGUUGAGUGACGUCGGGUUGCCCCAGUAUUCCCAAGCCUUCCAAAGCCAACUGGUGGACGGCCGGGUGCUCAACUCCCUCAGCCGACGAGACCUGGAGAGACUCCUGAACAUCACCACCCACUCCCACCAAACCAGCCUGCUCCUGGCCAUCCAGCUCCUGCAAUUGCUCAACUUCGACAAAGAGGUCCUGGAGGCUCGCCGAGCCCAGUGUGAGCACAAGGACCAGGACCCAGUGGUUUGGACUUGCCACAGAGUCAUAAAGUGGAUCAGAGACAUAGACCUAAAAGAGUAUGCUGACAGUCUUCAUGGCAGGGGAGUCCAUGGUGCUGUGUUGGCUCUGGACCCCUCAUUUGAUGCAGAUGCCAUGGCCAAGGCCCUGGGAAUCCCCAGCCACAAACAUAUGCUUCAUCGGCACAUGUUUGAGGAGAUGAAGGCUCUCUCCAUCCCUGCCAGGCAAACUAGUGUGGAGCAGGAUUGUGAAGUGCCGGGAACGGGAGCCCCACCACAAUCCCCUUCUGCUGUUAGCCGCUAUAACGAGGAGAUAGUGUCUAUGAGACGAAGGUCAGGCAAGAGUCCUCUUCGGUUUAACCCAAAGAUCGCCAUUGGCCGGGGCCUUGGUUACCAUGGCAGCUGUGGAUCUCUGCCCAGAGAGGCACGGGUGCAGGCUGUGCCCAGGACAAAGGGAAGUCCCGUGCACACCUACAAGAAUGUAGAGAUCACCAAUGUCUGAACUGUGCCCUGUGGGGGAUACAGGUGGUUGGCUCCAGGUGAAAAGCAUUCAAUAUCAACAGAAUUUGGAAUUGACCAUUUUAUUUUCAAUUUCAGAAACAUUUGAUUUAUUGUUCUACGGUAAUAAAUAUCAGUGGACUUAAUGCCUUAUGUUUGAAUAGGAGAAAACUGUAAACACGUUGUAAUGUUCAAAGCUCCACUUUGCAGGAAAACUGGUGGCAUAUGUUUCCUUUCAAAGAAUGACCGUCACAAUUGUUCUUUAACAAGGCAUCUCUUGUAACAUACAUGGAGGAACAUGAUGGUAAUAAUGUGUUGGCGCAUAGCAAAAGUCCAUGGAGGGUGAAAGUGGUCUGUUCCCGUUGCCAUGUCAGGAGGAUGAUCAUUCACGGUGGUCAGGAUCUCUGGAAGGAAGAAGCACGCCUGAUGUCUCGGUCCUUCGACGUCCAUGCCCUGUUCCAUGUAUCUCACUGCCCGGCCUGGCCGGCCUCCGUGUGAAAGGAAAGAGAUGUUGGCCCGGCCUGCCUGAGUUUCCUGGCUCAAAUCAGUUGCAGAUGUUCACUACUUGUCUGGAACUUGGGACCCAUAUCUUCGGGAAAACCGCCAUUCCCUGGGUUCCAUGUAAGUUUAGAAUUACAUUCCCAUAUUGUGAGAGAUAACUGGCCUUGAGUUAAGACAACAGCCAUCAGGAGAAUAAGGUGGUGGGGGGGGGGGGGGGGGGGUCUGGAAAAUUCCAAAUGCUUAGCAGAGCUUGCAAUUUGUUCAAAUAGCUCAAAUAUGGCCAAGAGGCACAGACUACAGUUUGUUAUGUUUGUCAGAAAUAUAAUACAAUUCCUUGUAAACAUGCUGGAAAAAUUCCUAGAAACUACAGAGGCCACUCAGCUUUUCAUACUGUUGAAUUCAACUCUUUUGUUUGUUAUUUGCAAAGGAGUCUUUCAUUUCAUUGUAAAUAUGGGAAAAUAUUACAUUCUAAUAUUCAAUUCAUAAUAAGAUGUUGCUGUCUCUCAAAGUGAUUACGAUAUUGUAAAUAUUCGUACAGUUUGCAUUACGGAUACUGAAGGUCUAAUGUCCUGGUGUAGAAUGUUUACAUCGGCCAGGAUGUCAAGGGAAAUCUUAUUUGUUUUCUAUCAUCAUUAACUCAGAGUGCACGAGUAUACAGUACAACAGUAGAGCAGUGUAUUUCACCAGAGCAUUCCACAACCAUAUCACACAUUCAAACAGCUGGAGGGGGCAGAGAAACAGAAGAGAACAGGCAUAUCAGCUAUGGCGAUCUCCUACAAAAACCAACCCCAGCACCCUGGUGAACAUAGUCAGAUAGACAUACAAAGUGGGAACAUUAGGCUAGUUCAACCUAUUCACAUGUGGUUGUAAGAUGUGGUUUGAAUAUCAAAGGCUUGUGCGUUACAGAAAACGCACACUAAAUUGUUGAUUUGUUAUGGCGUAAAACAGUCUACUUUCACUCAAGCAUAUCACAUAAGUAUAGUCAGACUACUAACAACAGAAAAGAGUGGCAAUUUCCAUUGAAUGAAAAAGAGGUCAGAGUUUAUAUUGUAUUGUUUUCAUAUAGGUGUUUAUGAAGUAAUUAUGUACUGUACAUGUGCCACUGCUGAAAAAAAACAUGUUUGAAACUGCUGCACAUGAACUACAAUACAUGACUUGUGUUUUGUGUAGGCCUACUCAAUAAUAAAGAUAUAAAUGCUAUCAGAAA